AUGAUCCGAACAUCAUCAUCCGAGGCUGCCAACGCCCUCACCGGCGCCUUACGCCCUCAACGCAGAUUUGAAGCCCCGCUGUGCAGCGGCGAUGGCCCAGGAGCAAAGUGUGAAAGCACCUGGAGGCGCCAAGUUCGACGAUCGACCGACCGAUUAACGUGUGAGGUCGCGAACCAAGGGCAAAAGGGAAACCGAGCCGAGUCUGGAGAAGGAAAGCAGCGCAGACCGUACUCGAGUACUCGGGGAGGGACCGCAAAAGGAUCGGCUGGUUUGCGUCGGAGGCAAAUAGGAUAG